UGGGCGUCUACAUUAACUUUCUCUGUAUUAAAGAAGAACCCAACUCUAUUUUUCAAUGGUGGAUCCCAUACCACGACACAACUUCCUUGUGGUUUCCGUCUUUUUUUCAUUAAAAACUGUGUAAUCUUAUCAAAGUCCACCAUUGUUAUCUGCAAGAGCUUGUUUCAAGAAAUCUCCCAACAACCCACUUCGUUGAUUGAUCUGGGUGCUCUUCAAUGUACUCUGAUAGUGAGAGGCCGGGGAAGAAGAGAAGGACCAAGCUUGAAGAUGAUUCACAAGAAUCACAAACGACGGGUAUGGAGCGGUUGCCUACUGACAUCGUAAUUGACAUACUUUUAAGAUUACCCAUCACGUCUUUGGUUCAAUUCAAGCUUGUUUGCAGAGGUUGGAGAAUCCUAGCAAAAAACCCUCAAUUUCCUAAUCUCCAUCUCUCCUUCACAUCCGAGAACGAUCCUUGUCUCAUCCUUCACUGCGAUUUCCCAAUCCGGAAUCAACUUCACUUUCUGGAUUUCUCUGCUGAGGACGACAAGAAAGACAAGGUGAAGAGAUUGCAUACGCCUUUUCAAGCAAAGAUGCCUGAAUUUGAUGUGGUAGGUUCAUGUAAUGGCUUGUUGUGCUUAUCUGAUUCUUUGUUCAAUGAAGCACUUUAUUUAUUCAAUCCUUUCACAACCAGUUAUGUAGAAUUGCCCAAAUCUAUUCAAUACCCUGAUCAAGAAGUUGUUUUUGGAUUUGGGUUUAGUGAGAGGACCAAGGAAUACAAGGUAGUCAAGAUAGUUUAUUAUAGGAAUGGUCAUAGUAGUAGCUAUAAGCUUUCGCGUAGAAUGAUUUAUACACAAUCAGAGGUUCAAAUUCUAACACUAGGCAGCUCCAGUUGGAGAAGUUUAGGCAAAGUACCACACCAGCUUGUCCGCAGGCACUCGGAGGCUUUGGUUAAUGGAAGACUUCAUUGGGCUAGUCGUCCGCGCAGAUUCAACCCAGCUCGCAGAAUCAUCUCAUUUGACUUAGCCGAUGAGAGAUUCUUGGAGGUUGAAAAACCAGAUUGUGGUGGACUAAGUAGGUGUAAUUAUCAUCUGGCAGUACUAAGAGGGUGCCUUUCUGCUGCUGUUUAUUGCAAUUAUGGAAGAUUGGAGAUCUGGGUCAUGAAAGAGUAUAAUGUGAAGGAGUCAUGGGUUAAAGAAUUCAAUAUUGGGUCUUACAUGCCAAAGGGACUGAAACAACAUGUGGAGCAGCCUUUCAAGAACUGGAAGAAUGGCUCCAAUGGAAGAGUAGUGAGAGUUUUGUGUCAAUUGAAAAAUGGUGAGAUUCUGUUGGAGUACAAAAAUAGAGUCCUUGCUUGUUAUGACCCAAAGCAAGGGAAGUUCAGGGAUCUUGUGCUUCAAGGAACACCUAAUUGGUUUCAAACAGUCGUUCAUGUGGGGAGCCUCAAUUGGAUUGACACCCCCAGUUACAUAUAAGCCCCCUCUAUUUCAUGCAUGUUUUUGCAUCAAAGGUCACAUUGUAAGAUGUUUCGCAAGGCUCCUUCUAAGGUGCUGGGACUCGGAGGGCUUGCAAUGAAUCGACUAUACUAAAGGUAUGCUUCACUUCAAAGGUCACAUCAACUUCACAAGGCUUCCUGCCAUGGUGCCGGAACUCUGGAGGGCUUGCAAUGAAUCAACUAUACUACAGGUAUGCUUCACAUCAAAGGUCACACCCACUUCACAAGGUUCCUGCUAUGGUGCCGGAACUCAAGAUGUCUGUGUACAUCCUACCUGUCCCAACACCACCCACUGAGGAAGUCUUGUUCAUGAAUGUUGUUUAUCUCAACCUUUUUAUUGUAUCUGAGGUAUAAUCAUUAUCUGUUGUAUUAUAUAUGUACACAAUUGCAAUACAAAUUCAUUGUCUUAACCAUUGUGAACUCCAAAUGAUAUAACCAUAUACAAAUUUAGACUUCAUUGCA